AAGUCAGAAAUCGUCAAGUGGACAGACAGCUCUCAAACAGCGACCAUGAAGACUCCCGCUGCUCUCCUGAUGUGUGUGUUUGUUGCGAAGGUGGCGGGACACUCCUGGGUCUCCUGUACGGACUACACCGAGAAAAAUGGGGCCACGUGGGACCAAACCAAGUGCCGAGGUUUCCCGAGAUCUGCCGAGAGGUUUGCCAACCGGCGGGGGGUGUUUGGAGUAGACACCGGGUACGACUUCACCCCUUCCGAGAACCAAGCCUGCAAAACAGCACGGAAUGACGUCACUCAGUACAGCGCCUCUCACCCAAUGGCAGUGUACUACCCUGGUCAGGAGGUAAUCUUCGUCCACCCCACUAAGAACCAUGUUGCAGACGUCCGCUGUACCAACAAGUUUAUCCCAGACAGGGCGAACAAGAUCCUGCUGGGGGCCAGGAACGCCCCCGGUGACGUCAGUCUGUCCCAGUUCCGGGAGGUUGCUGACCUGGGCGUGUCUCCCCAUGGCAACGGCGUGCCCGACCGCGUCACCACCCAGUACCCCAAGCCUGGCUACCAGAACGCUCCGCGGUUCUGUGAGGAUCCUGACAAGGCCAUGGCUACUGGCGCAUUCACUCUGCCACAGGACCUGCGACCAGGCCGUUAUACCCUCGUCUGGCUGUGGGAGUUCAAUGAAGGACAGUUGUACAGCAGCUGCUGGGAGGCUGACGUGGUGGCGACCCGGGCUGACAGGGAUAACAGACUCACACAGCAGGGAUCGAGUACUGGAGAUGCUUCCAGCAGUCCUGGACCAUCAAAUCCAGACAGCGCCUCUAGCGGUUCUUCCGAUCCUGACAGCCCCGACGGCACUGAUGUUUCUACGGGUAUGAACAUGGGGGAGGAACAACGCACUUUGACCGUGCAGUACACCCAAGAAUGGCCAGGGGGCGCUCAGGGACGUAUCCUCCUACCCAACAGCCGCAGAACCCUUUCCAACUGGCGUGUGGAAGUGCAGUUUCCCUGCCCUGAACUCAACUUCAGCGUGUGGAACGCAGAGAGUGAUAGUUCCAGUGGAAUGAUGUCACAUGGUCUGUACGUGCUGCGGCAGACAGAGGGGUGGAUGCUGAACAAGGACCACAUCGGCUUCACCGUUCACAGAGCGCCAUCUUGCGAUUUUGAAGCUAACGACAUCGACGCAAGACUCGUGUCGAUGUAAACUUGGCUGGAAACAAACAAAAUUCUAAGGUGUUCACAAACAUGAUCAUUUUGAACCUUUAUGAUAGCUUGUAUGAAAUGGCCUGAACUCGUCUCAUUGAAUGAUUCUUAAUUUUUAAAAACAUUAUGCUCGCUGCAGGCUCUUUGCACAGCUUAUGUUUUUUUGACUGUAAUAAAAUCUAUAUCAACAUGUAACAAGAGCAUGUAUAGAGAAAAUUUCAGAUAGUUAUACCGGUCAAACUUCAACACGUGCAUUGUGCAAUCGAGAGAAGCCUCACCGACCGAAUGACACUAGAGAGAUAUUUAUUAGAUUUGUAGUUUUCCGCUUGAACUAUUUGCUAAAUCAUUGUAUGAUAAUCCAAGUGUAGAUAAUAUCAUGGACAAACUAUGCUGAAUCAUGCAGAUUGUUAGUAAUAUAUUCUACAUGCGCACAUGAAACAGUUAAAGGUGCAUGGUUGGUAUAAAAUGCAGUGUGUCGUUGAAGCCGAUGAAAUUAUGAUAAAUGUUACCAACCUGAAGCUGGCCGUCGAUUCGGCUGUCAAUUAGUAGUCGAUAUUCCAGACGACGAUUCGUGACUAGACCGAGCAUAGCCUCUAAUUCUACAUUUUGUGUAUGUAGAUUACUUAUAUAGAGCAUUAUUAAAUUAAUUGCAUGGCUAAACAAUCGUGUAAAUGAAUAUAAUUGGCAUGUUCUUAUUAUAA